AUGGACCAAUUGGAUAACUGUUCUCUUCGAACAACACACAUACAUAAUCGACGACUGUUUGAACAAGUGCAAGUUACAAUUGCACAAGUCAAACAGAAGGACGAAAAUGUGAACAGCCAAUGGCUAAUCAGGCGACUACCAGGUUCCCCAGCCACAUUCAGCGACAAGUUCUCUUGA